AAUCGAUUUCUAUCAAUAAUAAUCAAUAACCUCCAUAAAAUGUUUAUUUUUGAUUAUAGAUUAUCCAGAAGAUAAAACGAUAAAAUAUAACAAGUAAAUAAUGGCUAAUGAUUCAAAAUUAACGAGAAAGGAAAGAAAUUUAAGAGCUCAACUAAAUAAUGAAGAAAACAAUCCCUGUUACAAGGAACAUGUUUUCUCUCUUAAUUGUUUGGCACAAAACAACUACAAUGGAGAAGUUUGCCAAAAUCAUUUUGCAAACUACCGAACCUGUAGAACAUUUUGGCAUGCUGUCAUAAGGAAAAGGCGUAAUGAGGGAAUUGAGCCACAUUUGCCACCCUUAGAAGAACGACAGACGAUAAAAGACAAUUUUUUAAAGAAGGGGGCUUUAUGAUGCUUUUUAAAAAUAUAUAUCGGCCUUUUUAUU